AGAUGCAAUUCAAUCCCAAGAACGUUGCAAUGCCUUGUUUCACUGAUGAGGUUUGGGCAUAGGCACCGUGUAAGUGUCAUUGGUAAUCACAACAGAGGAGGAUACAAUUAGUUAAUAAUAAACUUCAUCGGGGGUAGAACGAAGGACAUUAUUUAUCAUCCAGUGUACUAGCUAGCUGAAGAUUUCGGCUUGAUGUUUACUGGAGAGAGUGGAAGUGGACAUCAUGGGCACGAAAUUAACAUCCAACGUGUUGAAGUAAAGUGGACCCACGAAACUGCUUAAAACCCAUCCCCAGCCAUGGCAGGCUUCAAACGAGGGUAUGAUGGCAAGAUUGCAGGGCUCUAUGACCUGGACAAGACGCUGGGCCGUGGCCACUUCGCCGUGGUCAAACUGGCGCGCCACGUCUUCACGGGGGAGAAGGUGGCGGUCAAGGUCAUCGACAAGACCAAGUUGGACACGGUUGCCACGGGUCACCUGUUCCAGGAAGUGCGUUGUAUGAAGCUGGUACAGCACCCCAACAUUGUCCGGCUCUACGAAGUCAUCGACACGCAGACCAAGCUCUACCUGAUCCUGGAGCUGGGCGACGGAGGAGACAUGUUCGAUUACAUCAUGAAGCACGAGGAGGGCCUCAGCGAGGAGCUGGCCAAGAAGUACUUUGCCCAGAUCGUCCAUGCCAUCUCCUACUGCCACCGGCUGCAUGUGGUGCACCGUGACCUCAAGCCGGAGAAUGUGGUGUUCUUUGAGAAGCAGGGAGUGGUGAAGCUCACUGACUUUGGCUUCAGCAACAAGUUUCAGCCAGGGAAGAAGCUCACCACUAGCUGUGGCUCGCUGGCCUACUCUGCCCCAGAGAUCCUGCUGGGAGAUGAGUAUGAUGCUCCGGCCGUAGAUAUCUGGAGUCUUGGUGUGAUCCUGUUCAUGCUGGUGUGUGGACAGCCCCCCUUCCAGGAGGCCAACGACAGCGAGACCCUCACCAUGAUCAUGGACUGUAAAUACACUGUACCCACCCACGUCUCCAACGCCUGCAAAGAUCUGGUAGGCCGGAUGCUGCAGCGGGACCCAAAGGGCCGUGCGUCUCUGGAGGAGAUAGAGAGCCAUGCCUGGCUGCAGGGGGUGGACCCGUCUCCAGCCACCAAGUUCAACACCCCCCUGGUGUCUCAUAAGAGCCUGUCUGAGGAUGAGCACAACGGGAUCAUACAGCGCAUGGUGCUGGGGGACAUCGCAGACCGAGAGCCCAUAGUAGAAGCCCUGGAGACCAACAAGUACAACCACAUCACUGCCACCUACUUCCUGCUGGCUGAGAGGAUCCUGAGAGAGAAACAGGAGAAGGAGGUCCAGACACGCUCCUCCAGCCCCAGCAACAUCAAGGCCCAGUUCAGGCAGUCCUGGCCGACAAAGAUUGACAUGCAUCAAGACAUCGAGGACAGUCUGGCAGCCUCCUCCAUCUGCCACGCUGGUGGUCCCCAGUCCCCCGCCCGCAGCGCUGAGAGCCUUCUCAACGGACACCGCACCAAAGGCCUGCUGGAGCUCCGCAGGGACGAGAGCAACGCAGGGGCCCCCGGUGCCCCUGCCCCCAUUUCUGGGCCCCCUAGAGCUGGGGCCACGGCCCCCACACCCUCCACCUCCUCAGCCAAGCAGCGCAGCUGCCUGUUCAGGGUGGAGGAGGAUGAAGAGGAGGAAGAGGACCCGUCCCCUCUGUCCACCCAAGUGAUCCUGCGUCGCAAGGCUCCAUCUAUCACCAACCGGCUGACCUCCAGGAAGAGCGCCCCAGUCCUCAACCAGAUCUUUGAGGAGGAGGGUGAGUCAGACGACGACUUCGACAUGGACGAGGGCCUGCCACCCAAACUCAGCCGGCUAAAGAUGAACAUCGCUGCAGCAGCGGCCGGGUCGCCGGGCACCACUCAGAAACGCUAUCACCGCCGCAAGAGCCAAGGCCGCGGCUCGUCCUGCUCCAGCUCAGAGACCAGCGACGACGACUCUGAGAGCCACCGCCGGCGUCUGGACAAAGACACAGGCUUCACCUACAGCUGGAACCGCAGGGACAGCAGUGAGGGCCCGCCUGGAAACUCAGGGGGAAAUGGUGGAGGGAGCAGUGGAGGGCAGAGUAAACCCACCGGGGAGGGGGGCAGUCCUCCUGGAGGGGGAGGUGGGGGGAGUAGUGACAAUGGAGGGAGUGGUAGUAGUGGGGGAGGGGGUAGUAAGGGACAGGGUUCCCCCUCAAGUUGUUCUAACGGCAGCAGUAACCACUCGUCUUCAGGCUCAGGGUCCACGCGGAGACACUGUGCCUCCCGCAGCCCCGGGGCAGCAGAGCUGGUGGAGAGCCUGAAGCUCCUGAGCCUGUGUCUCAGCUCCCAGUUACAGCACAGGGGGAGAAGUGGAGGCCCCGGCCUGGCAGGGGGGAUGGGCCAGUUCAUCAUAGACCCUCAGAACCUGUCCAAUAGUCUGUCCAGCAGCCUGUCAGCUGGCAGCGUCAAGACACAGGAGAGGUCAUCUUGGAAGAUGUGCAUCGGCUCCAACGACAGCUUGGACCUGGAGUUCGACACCAUCGCUCUGCCCACCACCGCUGUCAACACUCCAAGGUCAUACACAGACCAAACGGCAGCAGCACUUAGCGAACUGGCCCUGGCCACCAAGGAGAAUAACAAGCUGAACAACCUGAAAAAGAAUGUUCUCCAGCUACCUCUGUGUGAAAAGAGCAUCUCUGUGAACAUCCAGCGCAGCCCUAGAGAAGGGCUCCUGUGCACCUCUCAGGCCAGCUGCUGCCAGGUCAUAUGACACACACUCCCUGGCGCCCUCUGACACCACUCUGCCAGUCCAAUCUGUCCAACCACAGUCACCGCUGUAGCAUACGUCUGACCUCAGAACACCUCCCCAUCACAACCUGCCUUCUGCUGUUGUCUUAAACGAUGACACUUGUUAUUGUUUUUGUUUGUUCACUAGGACCUAUGAGCUGCAUGCUGCAGGGGUUCUUUUGUUUUGUUUCUGCUACAUCACUAGCUCCCCCCGGAAUGAGCCGAGGUAACAGAGCUUAACUCAAUUCUAAGGUGAGUUGGGGUGUUGAUGUAAACAUAAAUAUGGAUGUUGGUUUGAUUUUAGAUGAACUAUAUUUUGGGGUACAAAAUACCAAACUUUUAACAGUGGGUAAGUAGUAGCACGUGAUAGUUAAAGGGUAAGCACUUAAAUGAGAUUAUUGGUCUACUGUCUACUAUGUAAAGGGUAUGCUAGGAGAGGUAGAGGAGGACAGGACAGAGAUACCAUACAGCUGGGAGAGAUAGGAGGACAAGACAGAGAUACCAUACAGCUGGGAGAGAUAGGAGGACAGGACAGAGAUACCAUACAGCUGGGAGAGAUAGGAGGA